AAAUGUUAAUAAGUUAGUUAAAAAAGGGUUACAAUUUUCGGUCGGCCAGUAAAUUACUAAAUAUUCAGCAAACUAGUAAUAUGCUAAGCUCUUAGCAAUAGCUUGCUUCAAAUUUUGAGCCAUUGUUCCUGAGUAUACAAUAUAGUAAUAACAAAGUCUACUACAUCUUGAAGCGAGAAAUAUAGAAAAAAGUCAUAAGAGAGUGUAUGAGCAGCAAAAGUUUGUGUUGCACAUAAUUGUUUCGUUUUCCGUCUAAGAGGAAAGAGGGCCUAUUGUCAAGAAUCUGACUUAAAUUUAUGUUGAUGACGUUUUAAGUGUUGUAAAAUAGAAAAAUAAUGAAACUCUAAAUUUACCAAACAACAGAAAUGACACCAUCAAGUUUACGAAUAAGGAAGAAAACGACAAAAAUUUCAUCAAAUUUUUAGACGUUUUAUGUAAGAAACACAACAAGAAAAUAGAGUUUGACGUAUUCAGAAAAAAUGCAUCAACUGAUCGCUACACCACUUUUUGGUCGUACCAACACAAAAUAGACGCUUUCCAUUCAAUUGCAUACAAUUCGGCCCUAGCUAGGUAAUCCGUCGGAGCGGAAAUUCUCCGAUUUCAUACGAAAUAUGCUUCGAGGUGUGUUUCCGAUAGGUAAAAACUGUCCGAUUCGGAUGAAAUCGAACAAAAUCCGCUCCGACGGAUUACCUCAGAUAAGCUCCCACUUCCCUUUGGGAAUUAAAAAAAAAAGAAUUGUAUUGGAUCGUUCGUUUGGCUGAUGUAAAUGGUUUUGAGAAGACGUUUGUGGAAAAAAUGUAAAAAACAGUCAAACCGUAUACGUAGAAAUGAAAUUUCCACACUUUUUAGCCAAAUUUCACCAACAAAUUUCGUAAAUCAAUUUCUUACAAAGCAACAAUAACAAAAUCAACUGAGCAUGAUUGUGCGACGCAGUAGCGCAUUUUAAUUUCAAUACAUUAGAUCGACAUUAAAAUACAAAUUAACGAUUAACCUCAAGUACAUGUGGGACAUCGAUUAAUGUUGUUUAUCAUUUCAACGACAUUGAAAAAAGUCUAUAUAAGCAUGAAACUUUUUACAUUAGGCCUCUAUAAUUAUAUUAUUUUAAAAUCCAAAUCACUACAAAGUAGUUUAAAAAAAAAUGCAAACUGAAUUUAUUUAUCGCUUAGCGACCAAAGAAGAUAGUCAAGCAAUUUUGGAAUUUUUACGCGAACACUUUUACCCAGACGAACCACUAACACAUUGUGUUGAACCAAAAGAGCAGGAUGUUCACGAUGAAAAUUUCAUCAUGGAUAAUGUGGCUGCACCAGAUUCAAUAAGUUUACUUGCUCUUAAAGAGAAUCAAAUUGUUGGCAUAGUUAUUGCUGCAAAGAAGACUCCUGAUGAGGUUGAGAAAUUAGUGGAAGAAGCUGCUCAACUACCUGGUACAAAGUGGGCUAAACUUGUACUAUUUUUAGCAAAAUUAGAAAAAGAAUCAAAUGUCUACCGGAAAUACAAUGUCAAUAAAGUUAUGCAUGGUCAUUUGAUAGCAGUGCACAGGGAUUACCGUAGAUCUGAUAUUGCUUAUAAUUUGUAUAAUAAAACAAUGGAAAUUGCCAAAUUGCUAGAAUAUGCAGUUUGUACAAGCGAUUGUACGAGUACACAUUCAGCUCGAUUAUCGGAGCGUUUGGGUAUGAAAUGUAUAUAUACUUGCAAUAUGGAGGAAUAUCGGGUUCCAGGAAGUGAUAAGCAAGUGUUUUUUCCGGAGAAGGGUCAAACCUUAGCAAAAACUUAUGCUAAAAGUAUGUUAUAAAUAAUUUAUUAUUUUUGUAAUUCGUAAAUAAAAUAGAAGUGAUUAUGGAGUAAAUUUGGUGUUUUUCCUUUGGUCCGAAUACUUUCACAAUACUUUUUCAUCCAUACAAAAAUGAUUUUUAGAAUUUAUACUUCCUAUAGAAAAAGUUGAGUAUGAAUAAAAUUAUGUAGGUACCUAUGUAAGUAAUUAAUUCUAAAGAGUUUAACUGAAUUGAGAAAAGAAUAACUUCGAAGCACUUGUUUUUUUUUUUAAGUUUUAACUACGAACUUAGCACUGCAACUUUUGUAAAGAAAAAAACUGUUUUUGAGGGAGAGAUGGUUAUAUUUAAUACCUUUUAAUUAAUGACAUUCUCGGUUUUUACCGCGAACUUUCGAUUAUCCGAAUCAAAUUGAAACAAUUAAAGAAUUUUCACAUUUUUACUUGCGAUAUAUGUAGGUACAUACCUACUAUAUUGCAAGUUUAGGAUUCUUAAAAAAAAAAUCGAACUCAAGAUAACAAUCUGACAUGACAUUACGAAUUACGAUGAUGGAGAAAUUCUGUCUGGCUCUGGGCUGUCUGUCUGUAUGUACCUCGAGCUACAGCCUUAAAUACUGGAGCGAUUAUCUUCAAACUUGGCAGUUAACAGUUUUGAGUAUUCCUUAGAGGACAAAAUUUUUUGUUACAGAACCUGUCAUUCAAAUUUUUUUGCGUAAUUUUAUAAAAAACUUUUGAAUUAAAAACAACAUUUUUUGCACCGUUAUUAACAAUACCUGCCAUAGAACCGUGUUUUUAGUUUGUGAAUAUCUCGAUUCUCGAAUAUGACUAACCCAAUUUCAACGAAAAUUUGUAUGCAAAAUCGUUUAAUCAAUUGUAAAAUUGACUGUCCUAAUGAGAUAAUUAUUUUGCUCAUGAGGUCAGUUCAGAUUUCAAAUUAAAUUUUUUUUCCAUAGAAUUUGGCAUUCGAAAAGAGAUAAUUUGCGUAAUUUUCUCAUUUGGGCUCAAGUGAAAACAGGGUAUAAAAUUCUUGAAAAUUUUCAAAAACACAUCUUUGGAUUUUUCAAAAAUAUUAAAAUUUUUUUUUAUCAAUUUUUUGAAAACGAUUUGGUGUCACUAAGCUUUUUACAGGAAAAAUCUACCAAAUAAUAUGUGAACAGAGACAACCAAUUUCCAUAUAUCUUUAAUUUUUACGCAUUACAAAUUUAAUUUAACCCGGGUAAAUGAGCGUGAAAACCAGAAUUAUGAACAUAAUUAAAAACAAAAAAUUAUACCUGAAGUCUGAUAAGCAAAAGUUAUCUGAAGAUUAAAAAAAUCUAAAAUCUCAUACCACAAAAAAUUGUUUGCGUAUUUUUGAACCAUCUUUGAAAGCGACUAUUUUUGGCUCCAAGAUUUCUCAAAAUCGGCUCCUUGCCUCUAAAAUAUUCUGGCAACACUGCUUUGUAAAAUAUUUCGAAAUUUUGUUUUUAAUUGUUCAAUCAUUUCUUCAAAAUGGCAUACCAACUGUUGCUCCCGUCCCGAAUAGCGGUGGUUGCGACCGAAAAAUACACACUUCAACAUCAUCAUCGACAACGAAUAUGGCACAAAGCAUCGCAAGUCGCAACUCAUCAAACAAUUGCAUCAGUCACAUUGCUCUUGAACCAUAUCAUACCAUCACCGACCUCGCUCCCAAAUAGCGGUAGUUGCGACCGAAAACGAUGACUGAAGAUCAAGUUCAAGAUUAAGUCAAAAAACAAUAACAAUUGUUACGCAUAUGCAAUCUGAAUAGAUCCAGAAAUUGAAUAAAAGCCUAUGCUGUUUGGGCAUAGGACUCAGUCCAUUAUUAGUCACCCUCUAUAGUGCAUCAUAUGUACAUAUUUGUAAAGACUUAAAUUUUGAAUAAAGUAUGGGUAUUUGAAUUAAUAUAGAAAAUUUGUCGCAUUUAGUUUUCAUUUAAAUUUUAUUUCGA